ACAAACGUCAACCGAGUCCGUGGUUGUCCAAAGAAGAAGAAACGUAGUUUCCCCCGCUAAUCAUUAGCCUAGCUGUGGGCAUUAUUUAUCUUAAAAUGGCUACAUUAUUCCCUAUUAUUAGACCACCAAGUGAUAGCAGUCCCGCUACUCCUGGGGCGCACUCCAUGAAGGAAGAUGUAAUUGAUGAGGUAUCUAAUGAUGGGAGCCAGCCACCGAAAAGGAGGAGAAUGGGUUCAGGGGACAGCUCUCGGAGCUGUGACACCUUCAGCCAAGAGCUUGGGGUGACUUAUUUCCCAGCAGAAAACCUAAUAGAGUAUAAAUGGCCUCCUGAUGAUACAGGAGAAUAUUACAUGCUGCAAGAACAAAUCAGCGAGUAUUUGGGUGUCACGUCAUUCAAACGCAAAUAUCCUGAUAUGGAGAGGAGAGACCUGUCUCACAAAGAAAAGCUCUACCUACGUGAGCAAAAUGUUAUCACUGAGACGCAGUGCACCCUGGGAUUGACAGCUUUGCGGAGCGAUGAAGUGAUCGACUUGAUGAUAAAGGAGUAUCCAACCAAACACUCUGAGUACUCUGUGAUAUUGCAGGAAAAGGAGCGUCAGAGAAUAGCUAAGGAGUACUCUCAAAUGCAGCAGCAGAACCCUCAGAAAGUGGAGGCAAGCAAGGUUCCUGAGUACAUAAAGAAAGCUGCAAAAAAAGCUGCUGAGUUUAACAGCAUCUUCAACAGGGAGCGAAUGGAAGAGAGGAGAGCUUACUUUGACCUCCAGACUCACGUUAUUCAGGUGCCCCAGGGAAGGUUCAAAGUUCUUGCUCCAGAACUAACCAGAACAGGACCCUACCCUGUUGCUCUUAUCCCAGGUCAAUUCCAAGAUUACUAUAAAAGGUACUCACCCAAUGAGCUGCGCUACUUGCCAUUAAACACUGCUCUGUUUGAGCCUCCUCUGGAUCCAGAGCUUCCUGCUCUGGACUCUGAACCUGACUCGGACGAUGCUGACGACGGCAAAGACGACAAGAAGAGCAAGAACUCUUCCGACAGCUCUUCAGGCAACGCCUCUGACGUGGAGAGUCAGGAAGGUGGAGGUGGGCAGGGCAGCAAGUCUAAAAUGAAAGACAGGACAUCAACACCAGGCAAAGAUCAGCGCCAGUCUGCCCUCCUCAAAGCCUCCCAAGGGUACAAGCCUAAAGUCAUUCCCAAUGCUAUAUGUGGCAUUUGCCAGAAGGGUAAAGAGUCCAACAAGAAAGGCAGGCCUGAAGCUCUCAUUCACUGCUCCCAAUGUGAUAACAGCGGUCACCCGUCCUGCUUGGACAUGAGCUCUGAGCUGGUGUCCGUGAUCCAGACGUAUCGUUGGCAGUGCAUGGAAUGCAAAACGUGCACCGUGUGCCAGCAGCCCCACCACGAGGACGAGAUGAUGUUCUGUGACAAGUGCGACAGAGGAUACCACACUUUUUGCGUUGGCAUGAACUCCAUACCUACAGGUCUUUGGGUGUGUGAAGUUUGCGACCAGGGUUUUACACCCAAGAAGAAAGGAGGGGGCAAAACACCUAAAAAGUCCAAGUCAGCCAAAAAGUUAUGAUUUAGUCAUUUAUUUAUUCCAAGACUGUUGUUGAAGUAAGAUUACAAUUAAGCAUUCAGUUUGACAAAAGAAAACAUAACAAUGUAAAAUAAUUACAAAUUCUAGAUCUUGUGUCCACACUUUCAUUCUUUUAUAUGACUAAAGCAGGAAUUAUGAUUUAAAAUCAACAAAUUUUCUUUAAAAAAAAAAAAGCCAAAUACUUACUUGCUUGUUUCUCUGUGAUGUCGACGUACAAACAGUGUUGUUUUUUUACUAUACCAUACACCUUUGAGUCAAUUUUACUGCAGAAAACCAAUAAGUUACCCUGUGGGGUUCCAAGCAUUUCUUUGGGAACUUUAUUUCAGGUCAGCAAAUGGUGCUCUUCAUUACGUACUACUGAUAGUUAGUUUAAAACAGGGCUUUGGUCGAACAACUUUUUGUACGCUUGUGGGUUUCGUAAUGUAUGAUCAUUUUUGUUCAAAUUCUGUGAAAUUUGCAUUAAAUAAAUGGGUUCUCUGAUCCUGUACGCCUAUUUUAAGUGAACAAGGAAAAACUAUGUGUUCUGUCUGUCUGCUUAAGUUUCUUGGUUUUCGAAGUGAAUUUUCUGUGGUUUUUGUUUUUCGUAGUUUUACAAAAAAAUCGAACUUAAAAAAAGUACUCUAAGACUGAAUCUGUAGGUAUUUUUUAUAUUUCUUUUUUAAUUUAUUUCUUUUGCAUCAUCCUGGAAUUAAUGAGUUACAAAAUGAGAAUUUCAACUAAUGUUUAUUCACUGCAGUGUUUUUGGUUUGUUUUUCUUUUUUUCUUCUUUUUUUUUAGAAUAAAAGUUUCCUUUAAAAGGCUUUUUGUGUCUUGUGUAUUAGAUAAAAUCACAAUUUUGACAAUUUAGUGAGGAAAUAUAGUUGUUUGUGAUUUUAUGAUUUUGUAAAAGCAAUGGCCAUGUAAUUAAUAUCUAUUACACUUCUGGAUUCCUAUAGCAAAUCAUAUAGUGACAUAAGUGUUCUAUAUAAAAAAUGUGAUUGUUCUUUGGACCAACUGUUUUGCUUGGUUUCUGUUUUCAAGUCUCAGCUGACAAAAUUAAAAUAUAAAUAAAU